AUCUAUAGCCACCACCAGGUCAAGCUGAGAUGACACACUCCUGUAUAUAAAUUCAAUCAACGAGAGGAAGCUAUCAUUCGAGUUUGGUACUGGUCACCACAUAACACCAUGUGGUUCCCUGUCGCCCUUCUCUUUCUUGUCGGCGUGGCCGCGUCCAUGUCUGGCACACAUGACCAUGCCUGGGAAACGGGAAACGAGUACCAAUAUUUUGUGCGAGGUCGGACAUUAGCAGGACUUGAGCUUAAAGAUCAAUAUACUGGAAUUCAAACGAAGGGUAUCCUCACCAUUCAAGUAAAAUCACCGGAGACACUGCUGGCGAAGUUUUCCAAUCCGCAGUAUGCUCAUAUACAUAAAACAUUAGCGGACGGUCCGGAGACCGAGCUCCCUGACCAGAUGCUAGAGUAUACCAAUAUGCCCAUGUCAGGAAAGCCAUUCGAGAUCAAGUUGAAGCAUGGAGUUAUUCGGGACGUGUUGGUCGAGCGUGAUGUACCUACGUGGGAGCUGAAUAUGAUCAAGGGUAUCCUAAGUAUGCUGCAGGUUGACACUCAGGGUGAAAAUGCGAUGGAUAGCAAGAGCACUCAGAUUCCCGUCGACGAGGGUUCUCCCGCCAUGUUUAAAGCCAUGGAGGAUUCCGUAGGUGGCAAAUGUGAGGUUCUGUACGAUAUUACACCGUUGCCACAAGGUAUGGACAGAGGAAUGAACCCAGAGGAGUUACCUAUGCCGCACUUGCGCGGUGACGGUCAUCAUUAUGACGUUAAGAAGACAAAGAAUUAUGAGAAGUGCAAGGAACGACAGCUUUACCACUACGGCUUGAGCGAUCCAUUGACGAAGGAAAAAUGGAAUCAACAAAAUGUUCUUUCACAAAUAUCCACGACUAGCAUGAUUAUCUCGGGCAACUUGAAACGUUUCACUAUUCAAUCGGCUAUGAUGAAGCAUGAAAUAUCCGUCUAUCCUGAAGAAUCCGAUCCUUCCCUUGGUUCUGUCUACAGUAUGAUGAAAUUAACUUUGGUCAAGAAAGACAAAUCCUCCAACUCUAUGAUUGGACCAUUCGAAUCAAACAACCUUGAAUCAACUGGAAAUCUAGUGUACACAUUCAAUAAUCCUUUUUCUGACUCUGAGAACCGAAGAGUACGUCAACCGGGCCUGAGUCACAAUUCUGAACAAGAACAAUCUGCAGAGCACAAAAAAGGACAUGGUUCUUCUAAAAAUCAGAACGGCCCCUCUAGUAGCUCCAGCAGCUCUAGUAGCUCUAGUAGCUCCAGUAGCUCUAGUAGCUCCGAUAGCUCUAGUAGCUCCGAUAGCUCCAGUAGCUCUAGCAGCUCCAGCAGCGAGGAAUGGAACACGAGGAAUGAAAAUACCAUACAAUCUAAAGCGGCAUUACAAAACCUUAAUAUGGCUCCCAACGUCCCGCUGUUACCUUAUUUCAUCGGCUACAAAGGCAAGGCACUCCACAAGUCUGAUAAGGUCGACGCUGUUGAACAAGUCCAGGAACUAGUUUCUGAAAUAGCUGAGGAAAUACAGACUCCUUCCAAGAUAAAUCAGAAUACACUGGAGAAAUACACAAUCCUGAAGAACUUUAUUCGUACACUGAACGCCAAGCAGUAUGCCGAGGUAGUGGAACAUGUACAGCGACGUCUCGGUAGCGGAAAGAAUGAGCAGUUCAAGAAGGAUGGUUGGAGCAUCUUACGCGAUGCCGUCACACAAGCCGGAACUGGACCUGCUUUUGUCACUAUCGAAGCUUGGAUAAAGAAUGGACAAGUUAAGGGCGCAGAAGCGGCGCGAAUCCUCUCCCAGCUUCCCAAAACCGUUCACUUACCAUCGACGAAUUAUGUCAAAGCAUUUUUCGAAUUGAUUACUAGCCCGACGGUAACUCAGCAGCGAUACUUAAAUGUAUCCGCGCCCAUAGCGUUUGCCGAAUUGCUCCGCAAUACUUAUAGCAACCAGGAUUACUAUCCAGUAUACAGUUUCGGUCCUAUGAUUCCCAAGCACGACCGAGAGUUGAUUCACCACUACAUUUCCUACCUGGCUAAUCAACUGAAACAAGGUUAUGCCGAAGAUAACAGUCAGAAAAUUCAAACAUAUAUCUUGGCACUUGGCACCACGAGCCAUCCGCAUAUUAUCCAAGUCUUUGAGCCGUACUUAGAAGGCAAACAGCCGGCGUCGAAAUAUCAACGCAUGCUCAUGAUAGCUUCCUUGUCUAACGUGGCCAAAGUUCAUCCACGAUUAAUUGGACCCAUUUUCUAUAAGAUCUACUUGAACGAACGUGAGGCUCACGAUGUACGUUGUUUGGCAGUGCAGGAAUUUAUCAUGACUAAUCCGCCUAUCAUUACGUUGCAACGUAUAGCGAAAUAUACUAAUUACGAUCCGAGCGAACAAGUAAAUUCUGCCGUGAAGAGUACGCUUGACAACAUUAUUAACAUAAAGCGACUGGAAUGGCAAAGUCUCGUCAACAAGGCGCGCAGUGUUAGGUAUCUAGUGAAUUCGAAGAACUACGAUAUCUGGCACUCGAGGAGCUACUACGUAGACUUCCACAACUGGUUUGUUAGAGGAUUUGGAGCGCAAACCGUCGGUAGUGAUGAUAGCAUAAUACCCAAAUACGUAUACGUUGGUUUGAGUACCCUCUUCGAUCUCUUCGAUCAGCCCACCGUAGAAGUUGAACACGCAGUAUCGAGCUACAAGCAGCUUUUCAACGAAAUUAACAAGCUAAGCAGAUUCGCUCAGAACGAAGAAACGAGCGAGGAUUCGCAAGGUUCACGCGUUGAGAAGCUAGCGCAAACACUUAAGAUCAAAUCCGGACAGCAGGACGAAUUGGAAGGAAAUUUCUUGUUUGACUCGAUAUACGGUUCCGCGUUCUAUCCUUACGACAGUUAUACACUUAAACAGGCUUACAAUUUGUUAGAGGAAUGGAGAAGGAAUAACUACAAAACGGGUAUAACUUGGUUCCACAAUUACGAAACGACGGUGAGCUUCCCGAACGAAAACGGUCUGCCAUUUGUUUAUACUUUGGAGGCGCCAACAGUUGUAAAAAUUAAACUCGAUCCGAAAAAAGGAGAACCUUCCGCGACAAGUGGCAUUGUUAACUCGUUAUUUGCUAAUAAUGUACACAAGCGGUUAGGUUUUGUUGCACCUUUCGAGUAUCAGAAUUACAUCGCUGGUAUCGACAACAAUCGAAUGAUGCAACUACCUGUGGAGUUUGAUGCCGAUCUUGAUAUGAAUCAGAAAAAUCUUGCAUUGAAGAUUCACCCGAACUUACAAGGUCCAACGGAUUCUGAAGUUAAAUUGUUCCACUACAGUAAUGUUCCCUUCACCACGCGACAAAAUCUUCUUAAUCUUCAACCCGUACAUUUUGAGAAAAAUACACAUCUUGUACUAACAUCAGAGAAAUAUAAAACCACGAAGGAGAAGAACGGACUUUCUUUCAACUUUGAAGCCGAUAACCAAGGAGCAAAAGACUUUGACUUCAGGCGUUACGUUAUGAAGUUCUGGAAAUCUCAGCAAAUUAAUAGUAACGGUUAUUUGAAAUUAGAGGCAACAAUAAAUCCUAAACAGGCAGCACUAUAUGUGGCUCAUAUCAAUGUGGUUUAUGAUAAAAAGACCGUUGGUGCUGAUAAUAACAACCAAAAACAAUGGCAAGGAGAGAUACAAAAUGUCCCUACGGUAAACUGGAAAAACAGUGAGGAGAGACGACGACAGAUUUUAAAUGCUCUCAGCCAAGAUAUCAGUUCAGGUAAAGUCCAUGUACUGGAUGUAAGUGCCAGCGUACCGAAGUUACACGACCGGCAAUAUGUUUUUACCAUCGGCGGGGUAAUAAGCAACUCGAACAUGCAAAACAGAGUUUACGCUUACUACAAUUCUCAUCUACCGCAAGAAGCAGAGCCGAAAUAUGAAGUUUGCUAUUAUCAUGAAAUCCAACGUUCAUACAAUACUCCUCUCAAUUUCGAAUAUGCUGUCAAACAUCAACCGAGAGAUGAAUUAAGGGCUAAAUUGCAAUAUGGUAAGACCUGCAAGACAGGAAACGAAAUUGCUUUUUCCGCAAGCUCGACACAAAGUGAACAACUAAAGAAUAUGGUAGAAAACUCCAACUUAGCCAAACAAUGCUGGGAAGAUCGUCGAAAUGGAAACAAAGCAACACAAGCUUGCCAGAAGGCCACUCGCAUUGCCCAAAUGAGAGAUCAGGUGGACUUAUCAUUUAACCCACCUGAAAUAAUCAAGAAAUAUUUGAACAAGGCUAUCGAUGUUAUCUCGCGUGUCGUCUCCAGUGUAUGUGCGCAACUACCACAACCAGACGACUCAAACUCCACUGAGGAUGACUCCGAAAACAUUACUGUACAACUGGUUGCAUCACCCGUUGAUGUAGUAAGAGCCGAAGUACGUACUCCUGAACUAGCUAUUACUUACCCUAACACCAUGGAAUCAAAUGUGGAAUCACAGUGGCUACAAAGUGAAGCUGACACCAUAUUCGAAAAUAAUGCAGGACAACCUUACUGCGCUCUCGAUAAAGAUUCGAUCCUUACCUUCGAUGGUCUUGAAUAUCCUGUGCACUUAGGAAAGUGCAAGCACGUGCUUUUUACCACUUAUCCGCAAAACAAUAAUUACAGAAAUUAUAUUCCGGAAGGAAUGAAAGCGGCUGUCUUAGCUCAAGAUGUAGACAAUGGCCAUAGAAACGUUUAUAUAUUAAUGGGCAACCAAGAAAUUGUUUUGAUGAAGAAUUCGAACGAUAGAACUCCAGUAGCUCUAGUAAACAAAGAGAAAGUUGAGGUAUCGCAGGACAAAGGCUAUCAAGGACGCUAUAACGGUGAAGUCAUUUUCGAAAUCUUAAAUCUACCGGACGGAUCCUUCCAAGUCGUUUCCAAUAAGUACGGAUUCAGUGUCGCCUACGACGGAUUACGUGUUCAAAUAAUGGCAUCUCAGAAAUACCGCAAUGCCAUACGCGGUCUCUGCGGCAACUACGACCACAAAUCCAGCACCGAUUUCGUCACUCCUAAGAACUGCCUCGUAAGCGAUCCCAAAGAAUUUGCUGCGACAUACGCCUUAACUCAAGAAAACUGCCAAGGACCUGCUCCGGAGAACAAACAAAAAGCCGAGCGAGCUGUGUGCAGACCAUUAAACGAACAUCAUAUGAUGAACAUUAUUAGCGAUAGAGAAGCAGGAAGAAGAAUGACAGAGGGCGAAAAUUGGGGUUACCAUCAGGCUAAUCGUCUAAGGAAGGGACAAGGCCAAAAUCACCAGAAUUCCAACAGGCACAGUCAAGAGUCGGGAGGAAACUCCUCGCAGGAGGGUGGAUCGAACAACAGCCAAACUGACAGAAAGAAAUACAACGUUGUCUAUCGCACAAGGGUUGUUGAAGAGAACGACCAAAUCUGCUUCACUACCACACCUGUGCAAACAUGCCGCCAGGGUUACAGACCUACGGAAAGAUAUCCGAAGAAAUUUGAUCUUCAUUGCCUGCAAAGGAACGAGAGAUCUUUAGAUCUAAAACGUAUGGUCGAGGAAGGCGCUAAUCCAAAUUUCUCUGGAAAGUCUGUCAGCAGGUCGUACACCUUCCAAGUUCCUGUCGCUUGCGCCGCUGCGUAAUCCGACAAUAUCGAAGUGAUAUACCGACUGUGCACACUUAAUUGAUACGACUUCUUUCUUUUUUUAGUCUCUUUUUUUUUUAGAAAGCUGCAAAUAUGUUCUUUUAGUAAUUGCAGUAAUGUAAGCAAUAAUAAAGUUGAAGCUUUUCAACAUAA